UUUGUCCAACAGCUGACGCUCAUACGAACACCGACAGGAGAAUGUAGAAAAUGCGAUCGCGAUUAAUCUGCGGAGGGAUUCGAAUUGAAGGAACUGUGAUUAAAAACGAUUUAUACAUCUCAUUUCACUUUAGUGAAGAAAGUGUAUGUUGUACUUAACAGCCGAGGAUCUUAAAAGUAGUGAGGUGGACAGUUGUUUUGAAAUUUAAACUAAAUGUUUUCAUGAACGUAACAUAACUAAGAAAAUGCAGGAUAUAGUGUUAAGAAAUUAUUCGUCAGUGUCACCAGAACGAUGCCAGUUAUCGUUCGACAACCAGACUAAAGUCGUGUGAACCAUGAAGAACAACCUGGCGCCUGAUUUCACGACGGACAACGAGAUAUACAAAGACGUAGUCAUUGUAGGAAAUGGCCCAUCGGCUAUGGCACUUUCGUUUCUACUGUCAGGAAACUUACCAUAUUACACUGGUGGAGAGCAUCCAGAUGAAAUGUUAACUGCUCGGCUGAGGGUUACGUCACUUGAUGUGACAUUGUUGGAUCAAGAUUUGGAAUUCCUGUCUCAGGGACUAGAGGGACGGUCACAAAACCCUGUUGCAGUGUUGAUGGAUAGCCUGGCUCGACCAGGAGCUGACAUUGGCUUGGAGAUUGAUCCUUUGGUACAAUACAGACGUGCACCAACAGGACGGCAGUUACCCUCUUACAUUGCACUGGGACGUGGGCCUCCAGGUGGUGUAUGGCGACGCGUUGAUGGACAAGUGCUAGCACUGUCUCCAGCUUCUUGGAUGUCAUUGCCAGGUGUUCCCCUGGAAGGGAGUGGGCGUCCUCCUGCAGGAAGGGUUGCACAGUAUCUUGCUGCAUAUCCUUCUAUAACAGGAAUCAGUGACAAUUUCCACUCAGGAGUAGAUGUAACACGCAUCUCUCCUCCUCCUGUUGCUGAAAGUUCUGACAAGCUGUGGAGGGUGGAAGCAACUGAUGGUCGUGCAGUAUUUAAUUACAAAUGCAGGACAGUGGUCCUGGCAACUGGAGCACAUGAUGUACCUAAUCAAUUGGGAGUGCCUGGUGAAGACAGCUUGCGAUGGGUUUUCCAUGAUGCCGCCUCCUUGGAGCGAGCUCUUGACUGUCCUGGUAUGAUAGGCACUGGCGUAAACCCUGUGCUUAUCGUAGGUGCAGGGUUGAGUGCUGCUGAUGCUGUCAUAGCUGCCCGCUUCCGUUCUCUUCCAGUCCUACACGUGUUUCGGAGGCGUCUUGAUGCACCGCUGUUUGAUCAUGUGCUGCCUGAGAAUGUUUAUCCUGAGUACCAUAAGGUACGUCAAAUGAUGGCUGAUGGAGGUCACUGUUACCCAAGGUACCAGGCUCUGGCAGAUGCUGCUGUAUUGGAGUUCUCUGAGGAAGGGACAGGUUCACAGGCUGUUCGAUCAGUGCUUAUUCGUGGAGCGGACGGGAAAAGAGAGCGAGUCCAAGUGUGUGCUGCUGCUAUCCUGACUGGUGCUAGGCCUAAUCUCUCAUUUAUUCCUGAAGAGCUUGUGGCACAACUUACAUGUAAUUCAGCAAAGCCAGUGGAUCCACGUCGUAAUCCAAUUGCUGUGGAUCCUUACACUCACAAAGUGCUCCAUGCUCCUGCAGGUCUUUACGCUUUAGGACCUCUUGUCGGUGACACCUUUGUGCGAUUUGCUGCUGCUGGAGCCCAUGCUGUUGCUGCAUCUCUGCUUGGUGACCUUACGUAACCAACAUAAGGGAUGAAACUUGGUUGACUUUCUUAUUGUGCUAUGAAAACACCAACAGCUGGGUAACUUGCCAGCUACUACAGUGGCAUCUGUGGAUCGCUGUAUAUAAAUUCAACAUGUCUGUGAUAUUAUUUUAUUAAUUUCCUGUUGUGUAUAAACUGAUCCUUGAUGUGACAAUGGUAUUCUGAUCAGAUACUGAAUGAUUUUGUAAAUAUGUGUGUAGGAUAUAGUUUUUCAUAUUGUCAGUCCUAUGUUUACUGACUCUAAUAUUGAGUCCAAAAUCAGUAUAUUAAUGCAGCAAGCUGUAUUGGUGGGUGCUAUUUUUAUGUUCCAUGAUGCAUUGAUGUCUAUUUAUUUAUUUUCAUAUCAUUUUUAAAAUAUAUAAGCAGAAUUUUAUUUA